AUGAGUAAUAAUGCAAAAGAUGAGUUGACUUUACAACAACGAAUGUUAAGUGCUUGUUCAGGUUCUCUAUUAACUUCGUUGACAUUAACACCGAUGGAUGUAGUUAGAAUUAGAUUGCAACAACAAGAACUAUUACCAGAUUGUUCCUGUGGACCCAUAGAGAAAGUUAUAACAGCAUCUGUCAGUAAACAGAAACUAAAGACAGAUUUAUCCACAGUCCAAGCAAAGUUGGUAGCACCGAUAAUAAACAAGAAUAAAUUGUUUUGGGAAAGUCCAUGCUUUCAACAACUUAAUUGUAAAAACUCGUCGGUACGGUUUAAUAGUACUUGGGAAGCCUUUACAAAGAUAUCAAAACUAGAAGGGAUUACUACAUUAUGGAGAGGAAUUUCAAUUAACCUUCUCAUGGCAGUUCCUGCUAAUAUUGUCUAUUUUACUGGUUAUGAAUACAUGCGAGAUAAUUCACCUAUAUCUAAAAGUUUUCCUAACUUUAAUCCACUACUCUGUGGGGCGUUUGCAAGAAUAGUAGCAGCUACUGUAGUGGCUCCUUUGGAACUAACAAAGACUAAAUUACAAAGUAUACCGAGGUCGUCGAAAUCUACAAGUUCAUGGAUGCUAAUAAGAGAAUUGCUAAAGGAAACGAGGCAAGAAAUGAAAGUUAAUGGUAUUUAUAGAGCUCUUUUUAAAGGUUUAGAAAUAACAUUAUGGAGAGAUGUCCCGUUUAGUGCAAUAUAUUGGGGAUCUUACGAAUUUUGUAAGAAUCAUUUUUGGAUAGAUACAGAUCCUUCUUUAAAUGUAAAUUGGAUCCAGUUUAUAAACAGUUUUGUCAGCGGUUCUGUGAGUGGUACUCUUGCUGCCAUUUUCACACACCCGUUUGAUGUAGGCAAAACAAGAUGGCAAAUAUCAUUUUUUAAUGCACCGGAUAAAGCACUGGUAACAAGUAGUAAGAACAAUAAAGCAGUAGUUUCGAAAAAUAUGUUUAAGUUCCUGGGGAAUAUAUGGAAAACUGAAGGUGCAGGCGCGCUAUAUGUGGGGUUAUUACCGAGAAUUAUCAAGAUCGCACCCAGUUGUGCAAUAAUGAUCUCUAGUUAUGAGAUCUCAAAGAAAAUAUUCAAUUCAUAG